AUGGAGUGUUCCCCUUGGCAAGAGAUUUUUACAAACAACAACCAGAUUGAAGCAUUUCAAGAGCUCAUCAUUGAAGGUCAUGAAUUCUCAGAGGAACAUUAUUGUUUGCCCGAAAAAUGCAAUGAUCUUGCACCAACCGAUCAUCUACUAGCAAUUACGGCGUCACAAAUAUAUGGUGACCCCUUUUCGGUCAUGAUGAGUAAAUACAAUGUCAACCACAUCCCUCAUAUACCGGCAAAUGACUUGGAGGGCGUGAGAUCAAAGGAGACGGUGAAGACUAAUCAAAAACCUGGAAAGAAAAAAAGAAUGGGCUAUAAUAGGAAAAGCUCAUGGACAUCUACGAAGGUAACUUCAUCUCCUGAAGAUGGACAUCAAUGGCGAAAAUAUGGUCAAAAGGAUAUCCUUAAUACAAAGCAUAAAAGGAACUAUUAUAGGUGUAUAUAUAGAUUUGACCAAGGGUGUCAAGCAACCAAACAUGUUCAAAAGAUUCAAGAUGAGCCAACUAAAUAUAAGAUAACUUACCAUCAAUACCACACUUGCAAAAACUUCUUAAGAUCCCCUCAAAUCAUUCUUGAUACCUCCUCGGAUCCUAAAGAUACAUCAAUUCUUCUUAGUUUUGAAUUAAAUGGGCUAACCGACGAAAGACAAGUUGAACCUCAUAUUCCAUCAAAGAAACGCGAAGAACAGUGUGAGCCCUUUUCUUCUGUAGGAGUGACACACAACCAAUCAUUUUCCUUUCACAAUGACCCAACGCCCGAACCUAUUUCUCUAAUGUCACCGGGCUUGAAACAUGAGGACAUGAGCUCCAUAAGUGGAUCUUUCCGAAAUUUUGAGAAUGGCGAUAUACUUCUUCAAACUGUUGAUUUUAGUCAAAUUCCAUUUGAUGUUUCUCAUUGUUACUCGGACGAAUACAAUUAUUUCUAG